AUGCCAAGCUGCCAAUCAUCCAAUCAAUGUUGCUACAUAGGUGUUGGUGAAGUGCAAAUGACUAAUCCAAGUACUGAUACCCCGAAGGCUGCUGGUGUACCCGUGGCUGGUUCACCAUUUCAUGCCUUUAUUUUGAGCUUCCCGAAACAAGUCCAGAAGUACUUAAAGUUGGAUUUCAAGGCGUCAAAGAAAGAUUAUACUAGCACUGGUUCUGCUGCCAUUGAUGGUUCUAAGAAAGAUUCAUCUGCUAGCGCCUUGACAGUCAAUUUGGAGAAGCAGCUGCAGGCUUGGAAAGAGAAUCGAAAUUGGACGGAUUCUUCCCCAGAGAUCAAGGUCACUGUUCCUAAAGGCUCUCUUUGCAACUUGAGUGUGAAAGUGGAUGUUGGCUUGCCUCCAGAUGCUGUGUAUAACAUUGUAAUUGAUCCAGAUAAUAAAAGGGUAUUCAAGAACAUUAAGGAAGUCAUAUCAAGAAAUGUAUUAGUUGAUGAAGGUUCAAGGCAGGUCGUUGAAUUGGAUCAAGCUGCAAUAUGGAGGUUCCUCUGGUGGUCAGGAACCAUUUCUGUUCAUGUUCUGGUGGAUCAGGACAGAAGGGAUCACUCGAUGAAGUUCAAGCAAAUCAAAACGGGGUUCAUGAAAAGAUUCGAAGGCUGCUGGAGAGUAGAACCGAUAUUGCUGGAUGAACAACUCUGCCACCCCAUCAGACCUAAAAAUGUGGAGGAGUAUGACCAGUGCACUAAAGGCAAAGGAAGGAUUGCGUCGAGAGUGAGCUUAGAGCAGCUUAUACAACCAGCUGUGGUCCCUCCUCCCCCCAUUUCCUGGUAUCUUAGAGGAAUUACAACCCGGACAACGGAGAUGAUAAUAAAUGACUUGCUUGCUGAAACCGCCAGAAUUAGGGGAUCCUCCAGCGUUGAAGCCAAAACCCUAGCUAGAUCUUCCGGGAAAUGUAUUCAUGAAGCCAAAUCUUCUUACUACAUUAAAAAAAGAUGGGACUUGAGUAGAAGGAAUGCAAUGUCCCAACAAUGUUUUGAUGAAGACAUAUCAUCAUGUCAUGACAUUAAAGAAAGAUGGGCAUUGAGAAGAAGGAAUGCUGAGCAUCGUAAUAAAAGACGCUGA